GCGACAAGUUUCAUGCAAUCCUCAGGUAUCCUUUGGGGGCGGAUUUUGUCCCAAGUUCCGUCGUUAUUCGCUGGGGUCCUGAAAUUGUGAUCUCCACUCCGUCAUCCUUCUUGCUUUUUCUGUUCCAUCGCCCAGUCCAAUACGAGUAGGGCUGCAACAGCUUCUCGGCGGUGUAGCGUAUCAAAAUGGAAGGUAGCCUCAGUCAGACAGUCCUGCACUGAGUAUAUAAUCGUGUACUCUUCCCAUCACUAGGCGAAUACUGGCCCGAUCUGCUCUACAGUAGGUGCUUCAACGACCUAGUUAUUCUCCAAGUCCACACUGGUCACGAUGAAAUUCACAGCAGCCCUCCUAGGCUUCGCCUCCACGACUUGGUCCACCGGGAUCCUCCUGCCUCUAUACAUCUACCCCUCCGACACUUUCAAGGAUGGAGCCGCAAGGUGGAAGCCAGCCUUCGACGCCAUCGAGGCGAACCCGGGCGUCCAAUGGCGGGUGGUCAUCAACCCGGCCAACGGGCCCGGGCCCACCUUUCAGCCCGGCAACAACGACGAGAACUACAUCGACGGCACGGCCAAGUUCAACACGUACCCCAGCGUCGAGACGAUCGGCUAUGUCCGCACUGACUACGGCCAGUCGCCGGUCUCGGAGGUCAAGGCCAAUAUCACGGCCUGGGCCAACUGGGCCACCUACGCGACCGCCGACAUCUCCGUCAAGGGCAUCUUCUUCGACGAGGCGGGCGCCUCAGACGGCAGCAACCUCGCAUACCUGUCGGACGUGAUUUCGUUCGCGCGCUUGGCCUUCACGACGCCCAUCGCGGCCAUCUGCAACUUCGGCGCCAGGCCGGCCGACGAGUACUACUCCGUCUGCGACGUCGCGAUCGUGUUCGAGAGCUGCCUGGACCACGGGUCCGGACCGGAGGCGUGUCUGACCGCGGCCGAGUACGGGAACCAGAUGACCAUAUCGGCUAAUAUCCCCGACGCGGCGCACAGGUCCGCGGCGGCCAUCAUCGUGCACGAUUUUGCUGGUACGGCGGCGGAUGGGCAGGCCGCUGACGAGGCGACGCUGGAGAGCUACAUCCACACGUUAAAGGCGAAUGGUGUUGGCUGGGGGUACUUCACCACUCAGGGGUAUGAGGAUGGGAUUACGGCCCCGCCGGCCAGUAUUGCGAACGUGGCCAGGUUCAUGGCGAGCGCGUAGGGGAUUUGUGGGAGAUACGGACGGUGACUUAGAUUUUUUGAGAGAAGACUAGUUGGAAUUGCG